CUCCCUCCUAGGGUCUGGUCUUGACGACCGCAUCUCGUGUUUGGGAAGUGCCUUUCCCCAUCAGAUUCUUCUAAAGCCCAGCUGCACCACCCGUAAGUGGGCGGUAAUGCUUCUGCCCCCGGGCUCCGCGUUUUUCCACCCGGCCCCACCUUUGCUGUGGACUAAACAGGACCCACUGGACUAGAGCACACUGGCUCUCGGCUCUGCGGACUCCAAGACUAAGAAAAAGCAGGGUUAGGUUGAAAGUCCACACAGGGCUUGCUGUAAACGUCUUUUCAGGAGCCACCCGCCCAGGGCAGUAAGUCGGGCACUUAGUUGACCCGGGCGCUCCACGGAGACGCCCGACCCUAUUCUGCGCGGCCCCCAGGCACUAGCUCCGCUUCCCCCAAGUCCAGUGAGGCAGGAGCGCCCCGCUCCGGGAUGGUCAAUACCAAGCCACGAACCGCGCCGGGGGUCAGAGGACCCGGAGGUCCCGCCCAGCUGCCGGCUCAGCCUAUCGCAGCGCAGCCAGGCGGUGGGACGGUGCCAGCUGAGCCCAGAUCCGAUGUUUCAGAGGCAGAGUCAGGCGAAACUGGGCCAGAACCGCGACCUCCGCAACCUGAAGAGCAGCCUCCGCCGAGUGCGCCUGCGCAGCUACGACCGCAGCAGGAAAGCGCCGCCCGGCAGGCCCAGCUGUGGCCGGACCAGGACUGGAAGAGAGGACGCGGUGGAGGAGAAUGAAGAAGAAUGGAGGAGAGCAGUGUGGGAGAAGAACAUGAAGAUGAUUGAACUGCACAAUCAUGAAUACAACCAAGGGAAACACAGCUUCACAAUGGCCAUGAACGCCUUUGGAGACAUGACCAAUGAAGAAUUCAGGCAGGUGAUGAAUGGCUUUCAAAACCGUAAGCCCAGGAACGGGAAGGUGUUCCAGGAACCUCUGUUUCAUGAGGCCCCCAGAUCUGUGGAUUGGAGAGAGAAAGGCUACGUGACUCCUGUGAAGAAUCAGGGUCAGUGUGGUUCUUGUUGGGCUUUUAGCGCGACUGGUGCUCUUGAAGGACAGAUGUUCCGGAAAACUGGGAAACUUGUCUCACUGAGUGAACAGAAUCUGGUAGACUGCUCUGGGCCUCAAGGCAAUCAGGGCUGCGAUGGUGGCCUAAUGGAUUAUGCCUUCCAGUAUGUUCAGGAGAACGGAGGCCUGGACUCUGAGGAAUCCUAUCCAUAUGAGGCAACAGAAGAAUCCUGUAAGUACAAUCCCGAGUAUUCUGUUGCUAAUGACACUGGCUUUGUGGACAUCCCUAAGCUGGAGAAGGCCCUGAUGAAGGCAGUUGCAACUGUGGGGCCCAUUUCUGUUGCUAUUGAUGCAGGUCACGAGUCCUUCCAGUUUUAUAAAGAAGGCAUUUAUUUUGAGCCAGAAUGUAGCAGUGAAGACAUGGAUCAUGGUGUGCUGGUGGUUGGCUAUGGAUUUGAAAGAACAGGAUCAGAUAACAGUAAAUAUUGGCUGGUGAAGAACAGCUGGGGUGAAAAAUGGGGCAUGGAUGGUUACAUAAAGAUGGCCAAAGACCGGAAAAACCACUGUGGAAUUGCCUCAGCAGCCAGCUACCCCACUGUAUGAGCUGAUGGACAGUGAUGAGGAAGGACUUGACUGGGGAUGGUGCAUGCAUGGGAGUUCAUCUCAAUCUUCCAGCCCCUGCUGUGAUGGAUACACACUCGAAUCAUUGAAGAUCCAAGUGUGAUUUGAAUUCUGUGAUAUUUUCACACUGGUAAAUGUUACCUCUAUUUUAAUUACUCUAUAAAUAGGUUUAUAUUAUUGAUUUGCUUACUGACUUUGCAUUUUUGUUUUUAAAAGGAUGUGUAAAUUUUUACCUGAUUAAAUAAAUGUAAUUUCAAAUGUA